GUCUCCAUUCACCGGCGUGCUGUUGUGUCAUACAGCUGUCAUGGCCGCCUCCAUCGCGCUGAUACAGGGAGCCAGCAGAGGACUGGGGCUUGAAUUUUGCAAGCACAUCUUGAAAAACAAAAGCCCCGCGGCCGUUAUAGCGACAUGUCGGAACCCGGACGGAGCGUCUGAGCUGCGGGGGCUGGCCGCCCAGCACCCGGGCAGACUGACGGUCCUCAGGCUGGACGUCAAUCGGGAGGAAGAAAUCCGCGGAGCUGCGGAGCGGGUCAAGGAGAGCUUCGGGAAGCUGGACCUGAUCGUCAACUCGUCGGCGAUGCUGCACCCAUCCGGGAAGGGAGAGACCAGCCUGAGGGAUGUCUCCGCUCAGGGCAUCAUUUCCACCCUGACUACCAACACGGUUGGCCCCUUGGUGAUGGCCAAGUAUUUUGCGCCCCUCCUUCAGAAAGGCGGGGGUGGUUUCGGCCAGCAGCCUCCAGAAAAAGCCAAGCAGCACAGUGGCAUCAUCGUCAACAUCACCGCCAAAGUGGGAUCCAUCGGUGACAACGGUCUUGGUGGUUGGUACAGCUACAGAAUGUCUAAAGCGGCUCUCAACAUGGCCACCAGGAAUCUGUCCAUAGAGCUGGGCCGUGGUCGACCCAAGGUGGUGUGUGUGUCCUUACACCCAGGAACAGUCAACACAGACCUGUCUCGGCCGUACCAUAAAAACGUACCCAAGGACAAGCUGUUCAGCACCGAGCACUCCGUCAGCUGUCUGAUGAGCAUCAUCGACGCUCUGAAUGUCGACAAGACCGGCAAGGCCUACAACUGGGACGGCACCGAGCUGCCUUGGUAGAAUGACUGAAUGAAUAGAUGGAUGGAUAGAUGGACUGAUGGAUGAAUAGGAGCUGCGUCAGUCAAGGACACCACUAAUGACAUGUUCCUGGGCAGCACUGGGCAGGGCUCUGGAUGCUGCUAGAAACCCUUUGAAACCAGGAUUGAUGUCAGAUUUCUUGUGUUUCGGUGCUUGUGAAAGGAAUCUGAAUGCAGACGCCUUCCACAAGCAUUUAACCCUUUAGACCUCAGCAAAUUGGCUUAAUGUCUUUCAAAAACAUGCGGACAAAGGCAAUAAGCAACAUAGCCUGAAAAUUUGUAAGAAAUUAGUAAAAGGUUCUAAGAAAAUGAGCUGAAGAGAGAGAGUCAGAGAGAGAGAAAAAAAUAUAAGAAAAUUAUCUGCCAAAAAUAUCCAGAAAAGCAUAUUUAUAAUUAUUAGAAUUACAUAAUUUGACAUUUUUGUUUGUUUGUUUGUUUGAUUGAUUGUUUGUUUGGAUAAUUGUCAGGUCAUUUUGUUUCUUUCUUCAUUUUUUUAAUUUUCAGGACAUUUUUUGUUUGUUUAAUUUCAGGUCAUUUUAUCUCUAAUUUUCUUGAAAAUUUUAACUAAUUUCUCACUCAAUUUGGGGGUCUUUCCUCAUUAAGUUGCUCAUUUCCUUUUGUCUUCCAAAGAAAUCAAAUGGAUCUGCUCAGGUUUGAAAGGAUUAACAACCCCCUGCAGUUUUUUUUUUUUUUUUUUUUUGCUUAAGUUAAUAUUAAUUAUUAAUUUUUCUGUGUGUGAAAAGCCACGUGAAGCUUUCAGUGCCUUCUGGACGAUGCAGCUGGGUUUACUUUCAACAGAUAAACAGUGAGAAAUGAAGCUGGAGCUGUUAAAGAGAGGCUCCUGAUGGCCUCACAGACGUAGACAAGUUUCUGCCACUACCUCACAACCAACCAAAGUGCUUGAAUUAUUCAUAACAACUAAUGCUGUUACCAUCACUAACACAUUAACAUUAUUAUUGCUAAGGCCCUCUAUACACCUGGUAUUAAUAUGUGAUUUGUAUCCAGACUGUGUGUAGCUCUGAUGUACCUGGAUUAUAUUCACAGCUCAUACUGAAGUACCUGUCCAGCAUAGGGUUGGGGAGAUGAUUCACUGAUGAUUGAUUCAUGCAUUCAUUGAUGAAUUUUUAAGUCAAUUUUUCUGAUUCCUGACUCAAUAUAAUUAAAAAAAAAUAAUAAAAAUCACAGUAAAUUGUAACACUGAACAGCAAUACUUCUGUGUUUAAAUACUUAAAUACUUGAUGUGCAUUGUUUUGGGAAAUAUGGCUCAUGAUGUACAGUCUCUAGAAGCAAAAAUGUAAUAAAUCAUGAAAU